UCACCUGCUCGCUUCAAUCCAACGACAAAAUUUACAGGCGAGCGACCGCAAAAAACGACGUCGCGCCAUGUACAGCGGCACGUACGCACACGCCGACACUCAAUGCCCCUACUCGACGUCCGACGUGGCUGCCAGGUCGUCUUUCCCGUCGCUGCUCCCCCUGCCCCUCUUGACCAUCCCCAACCCCGACCCGCUAGCCGCGAUCGCCGAGUUCGACUCGGUGAAGCCGCCGUGCCACUACCCAGACGUCUCGCACAGCGGCACCAGCAGCAGCGGGGGCAGCAGCUGUUACAGCUCGCCGAGCUCGUUCCCGAGCGCCGAGACGCGGUCGGGACCGAGCUUGUUCCAGAGGAGCAUCAGCAGCGUGUCGCUGCAGAGAAAAGACGGGGGUUACUAUCAUUACAGUCCGCUCGCCGUGAGUGCUCUCGAGUUGGCCGAGUCAGAAACGAGUCCGGUGAGGCGAGUUUACAGUACCGGCGAUUUGCAGAGAGUUAAUGGGCUGCAACACAAGCAGAGAUCAGAGAGCCCAUUAAUGAGCGAGAGCAACAUGAUCAUUGAAGGGAUGAGCAGGGCUUGCCGAUACAGCCCCGAGGAGAAGAAAGAGAGGAUCGAGAGAUACAGGAGCAAGAGGAACCAGAGGAACUUCAACAAGAAGAUCAAGUAUGCCUGCAGGAAAACCCUAGCGGACAGCCGGCCGCGUAUCCGGGGGCGGUUCGCGAGGAAUGAUGAGAUCGACAAGUGCGAUCAGCUCCCGUGGAGCCACGAAGCUGGCGGGGAGGACGAAGAAGAAGAUGAGGACGAUAAUUGGGUCAACUUUCUUGACUCCUUCGCGUCGGGGAAUCUAUAGCUAUCCUGAACAUUUAAAUAAGAUUUUUAUUUUUUUAGAAGGCAUUUGUUGCAAGGAAAAUCAACGAUUUGGGAAAUGUUUUCCUAAAAAUGAUUGCUUGUAUUGCUUACAGAAUUAGAUGAACGAAAAUUCUUUUUUCGUUGACUGAUUCUUUUAAACAAUACAAACAAUGAUCUCGAAAAACAAAAACAUUAUCCCGGAUGGUUGAUUUCUCUAUAAACAAUUGCACAGCAUCAUCAGUUUCUAUCUUUAGCUUGGAGUUUUGGGCUAUCCUUGAUUUGACUGGUUUUUAAGUCAUCUUAGUCCCCUAGUUUGUGCACCUAAAAAGACGGGUGAUGUAUAUUGAUAGCGUGAUCAUAAGGGAAUUAAGAGAUUUCGUUCCCGCAAA